GUGGGGGGGGCUGCCGCCGGCAUGUGCUUCAUGUGGUCUCUGGCUCCCUUGGUUGCGCUUCCCCAGCUUCUGUCCUCACCCCCAAUAGUUUGACCAGAUCCCUACCUUAAUCCCAGGCUGCGAAUGGGGAGGGUCCUCCCAUCACCCCGUCACUCCCCGUCCACCUCAUGCUAACCCAUCCCCUCCCUGUUCAGCCCACACUGAGUGCCAGCUGCAUGCAGGGUCCAGUGCUGGGCCCAGUGAGGUCUGGGUGGAGAAGGCCAUGCCCUCCUGGAGCCAGAGUGUGGCCAGGAUGCAGCCCCAGUCCAGGCCAAGUGGCAGGCAGAGGGCGGGGCCGGGGUCAGCUCAGGCCUUAGGGCCCCUGCUGUGUGCCCCCCCUCUGAUGGCGACCACAGGGCCUGGGAGUUUCAAGCAGGACCCUGCAGGAAGCACAGUGAAGUCGAGGGGAUGGGGGGAGUGGAAGAAGGCGGUUCCCCUCGCAGAAAGGCAGCUCGUGGGAGGGUGCAGCGCUGGAGGGGGCUGGUGGCCUUCAGGGCUGCAGAAGGGCGAGAAGCUUCUAGAGGGUAGAGUAGAAUCGAUCCAUGAGCAUCCUCGAAGGCCUGGCUAAGGGGGUUGGACGUCUCCACCGUCUCCAAGCAUUUCUUGCUUCUUCAUGCCUCCCUGCCCUUUGUGCAUGUCGUUCUCGCUGCCUAAAGCACCCUUUCUCCCAUCUCUGUCUGGCAAACUCCUAUUCAUCCCUCAAGAUCCAGUUCAGAACUGCCCCCUUUGUGAGGCAAAGGGGAAAAGAGGUAGCAGGCAUUUUUACCCAUGUCCUUGUAUUUGCUCUGCUGCCCUCCCACCAGGGCUGUAGUGAUGGGGGAGGGGCCAUCUCCAUUUUGCAAAUGAGGAAACUGAGGCUCAGAGAUGUGAAGGCCUUUGUCCAAGGUCACACAGCUACCAAGUAGCAAAGCCAGGAUUGGAACUUGGGCAGCAGCUCUCUCCCUUCCUUAAGCUGCUGUCCCGGAGGGAGGGGGCUUUCCCAGCUCCCCCCACCCGCUUCUGUCUGAGUUCCAAUGCUGCUCCAGUUCUCUUAUGGUUCCGGCUGUUUGUAACUCCCUCUCCUUAAACUGGGAACUCCUUGAGGGCUGCUCUUGGGCCUGCCACAUUUCUGGGUCCCCCAUCACCUGUUGCUCAGCACACCGUGGGUGCCCGGGUGGUGAUUUUGCACGAGAUGAGUGAACAGUCAUAAAAUAGCCACCGUCUCUCGUGCCUCGAGCGUGGGCCUGUUCUCGUGCGGAGCAGUUGCGUUGUUUUAUUUAUACAGCGCCACAGCCCUGGAAAGUGGAAAUGCUUACUUGCUCCAUUUUACAGAUGAGGAAACUGAGGCCCAGAGAGGUGAAGUGACUUGCUCAAGGUCACACAGCUAGUAGUGGCAGAGCUGGGAGGGGUAGGCAUGACCCCGAGCCCUUGGAAGAGGAGCUCUGUGGAGGUGCCGAGGAGCCGGGAGGAGGGAAGGGCCCGAGCUGGGGAGGAUGCCUCAGGUUAGAGGCUUUGAAGUACUGGAGGAUCUCAACCAGCAACACUGGGAAGAGUGUCUCAGGGGGUCACAGCUUGAGCAAAGCUCUCAAGACUUUGAUUCUGCCUCUUUCACUCAGAGUCAAAGGGCAGCCCUCACGUCUUCCUUUGUCCAGCCCCUUGCCUUCCUUCUUCCUGCCUUCCAUGAUGGGCUGGGGGCUGCCAGGAAGUGAUGGAGUCCCAUCCGUGGGAAGCCCUUGGGUGGCAGUGAGGCACCCCGAUUGGAGGGUGGGGGAGGGUGGGAGUGGAUGGGGAGCCCUUCCUCACAUCACAAAGCUCAGCUGUUCCUCUGGGAGAGUUGGGGGCUGGCAUUAGAGGAAGAAGAGGGACAAUGGGAUGGUGGGGAGAAGCAUAGUGGAAGACGGGCCACCCACAUUUGAGGUGCUCAUGUCUCAUACCUCACCCAAGGACCACCCUGCAUGUCCUUCCACUGUUGUUGCUUAAGGUCUAUUAUUGUGAACCCCCUGCUCCAACCCCUCUCCCUGCAGGAAUGAGGGACUUUCUGAGUCUAACCUGUGACUGGGCUGGGAGUCGGGGAGGGAGAGCUUAAGGCUGAGCCUGUCUGUUGGGGUUUGGCCAGGGCUGGCUGGGUUGGGGUCCUCACAGUAGCAGCCUGGAGCCCGCACUCCCUGGAUCUCCAUGCCAAACGGUUCUGCUCCUAGAACCCUGGGUGCUGUGUGGUCUUGGGUCCGAGGAAGCCACUGGGGUCUGAGGUGUGACUGGCCUGAGCCCCUGCCCCGGUGUCUAAGUCUUCAGGAGUCAGAGCCCCUCUGGGUCUGACUCUGGGAUGCUUCCUAAAUUGCCCUUUCCUCCCACCCAGAUGAUUCCAGCAGCUUCUCUGGGGCAGUGCUCCAGCAGGCACUGGCUUCUGUCCCCUUGCCCUGGGCACUCCAGUUCUACUUCCCACCAUGGGGUGAGGGACCCCUUCCGGCCCUCCUCACACGACUUGCCUUGGCCUCACCCUGCUCUCUCCCCACCAACCAUGGGUCCAGGCCUCAGGGCUCGGAAACUUGAGUGCCUGGGCCGUACCCAGCUGCCCUGGCUUGCCUGUAAUCCCCAAACGGCUCCUCUGGCCAGUCCCAACAGCCCAAAUGAGUUAAACAGAAGGACCCACCUGGCAUAAUGUCCCAGGUUCCAAAGCGGCCACACUCCCAAUGCACACGCCAGCCUGAGUUACCCACAAGGAUUAGGCUCCAAAAAGAGGAUCCUGAGGCUCAGAGAGGUGAGGUCAGUAGCAUGAAGUCACACAGCUAGUGACAGCAGUUGGGAUGAAAAAUUGUUGCUUGGGAACUCCUGGUCCAGUGCUUUCUCCUCUUGCCACAUGUGGGAAGGUGAGGGGUCAGGCAGGGAAUGUGUGAUUCCCUUCCUUCCCUCUUCCUGCCUAUCUGAUAGGAACCAGGCCCUAGGGAAGGCGCCAGAUGCAGUACAUCUGCUCAACCUGUUAGGUUUACACCGCUGUUACUUCUGAGCCGGGCGCAGAUCGGUAUCCCCACCAGACUGGACUGAUCUGGGAAGCUAUGGGGCCCCUCAUCGUGAGGGCAGUCCCUGGUCCUUGGCUGAGACAGCUCACAGCCACCUGAGGCAGGUUUGAGCCUCCCAGACCGUUGGCAUGGGAAGAUGGGGCUUGAUCUCUCCAUUUCACAGGUGGGCAAACUGAGGCUCAGAUGAUAAUCACAGUAAUCAGCUUACCCAAAGCCUGGCUUGAAGCUGACUGAUUUACACACUUUGCCUGCACGGGAGAUUUUGUGAAUAUUAUCUCCUUUUUACAGAUGAGGAAACUAAGACCCAGAGAGGAUAGGGUACUUGCCCAAGGUCACACAGCAAAUCCUUAUCGGAGACUGGAACUGAGCUGCUUUGGUUUUUAAAAACAUUUUGGAGAGUGGGGAGGAGUACCACAGAGUUGCAGAUUUAAUUGCUUUUCUUUUUUUAGCCAAAUCAAGAUACUAACCGCUCAUGCAUGCUGAGCACCUACUACGUGCCAGGCCCUGUGCCGGCAUUUUACAUCCUCAGAGGGAGGCAUGAGUAUCCCCUUCCUGCAGAUGAGGACCAAGGUCCUGCAGGGCCAAGAGAGGGAGACUGGUGGCUGGCCCACUCACUCAGCACAGGACAGACGGGCUAUAUCCCCAGCAACUACGUCGCGCCCUCCGACUCCAUCCAGGCCGAGGAGUGGUACUUUGGCAAGAUCACCAGACGGGAGUCAGAGCGGUUACUGCUCAAUGCGGAGAACCCAAGAGGGACCUUCCUAGUGCGAGAAAGUGAGACCACGAAAGGCGCCUACUGCCUCUCAGUGUCUGACUUCGACAACGCCAAGGGCCUCAACGUGAAGCACUACAAGAUCCGCAAGCUGGACAGCGGCGGCUUCUACAUCACCUCCCGCACGCAGUUCAACAGCCUGCAGCAGCUGGUCGCCUACUACUCCAAACACGCUGACGGCCUGUGCCACCGCCUCACCACUGUGUGCCCCAUGUCCAAGCCACAGACUCAGGGCCUGGCCAAGGACGCCUGGGAGAUCCCCCGGGAGUCGCUGCGGCUGGAGGUCAAGCUGGGCCAGGGCUGCUUCGGAGAGGUGUGGAUGGGGACCUGGAAUGGCGCCACCAGGGUGGCCAUCAAAACUCUGAAGCCCGGCACCAUGUCUCCGGAGGCCUUCCUUCAGGAGGCCCAGGUCAUGAAGAAACUGAGGCAUGAGAAGCUGGUGCAGCUGUACGCGGUGGUGUCUGAGGAGCCCAUCUACAUCGUCACGGAGUACAUGAGCAAGGGGAGUUUGCUGGACUUUCUCAAGGGGGAGACGGGCAAGUACCUGCGGCUGCCUCAGCUGGUGGACAUGGCUGCUCAGAUCGCUUCAGGCAUGGCGUACGUGGAGCGGAUGAACUAUGUCCACCGAGACCUCCGUGCUGCCAACAUCCUGGUUGGAGAAAGCCUCGUGUGCAAAGUGGCUGACUUUGGGCUGGCUCGGCUCAUCGAAGACAAUGAGUACACAGCCCGGCAAGGUGCCAAGUUCCCCAUCAAGUGGACGGCUCCAGAAGCUGCCCUCUAUGGCCGGUUCACCAUCAAGUCAGACGUGUGGUCCUUCGGGAUCCUGCUGACAGAGCUCACGACAAAGGGACGGGUGCCCUACCCCGGGAUGGUGAACCGCGAGGUGCUGGACCAGGUGGAGAGGGGCUACCGGAUGCCCUGCCCGCCCGAGUGUCCCGAGUCUCUGCAUGACCUCAUGUGCCAGUGCUGGCGGAAGGACCCAGAGGAGCGGCCCACCUUCGAGUACCUGCAGGCCUUCCUGGAGGACUACUUCACGUCCACCGAGCCCCAGUACCAGCCCGGAGAGAACCUAUAGGGCGUGGGCUGCAGGGCCAGACUGCCUUCUUGGCUUGAUCCUGAGCUGGGUGGCCCCUGACGUGGGGUCUUGCCUGCCUCUGCCUGUCCGCCCGCCGUUGAUCCUCUCUGUGGGGCUGAAUUGCCAGUGACGAGGCCCCUCCCUCUUUUGUGGCAUGGAAGGGCUUGGGGCCUGGGGCUGCCCUGGGGGCGGGGUCCAAGGCUGGCGCAGUGACUGUGCCCCGGCCCCUGGCCAGCCGCACACCUCCUCCCUGCGUUCCCUCCUGGAGCUCUGUGCGUCUCAGCAGGAGGAACUGGGAAGAAGGGCCGGGCUGAGGGCACCCUUUUCUUAGCCUCAACCUACUGCACGCACUGGCCCUUUCCCACUUCCACGCCACCCCAGGUCUGUCUGCAGAGAUAGCCAAAGAGCCUUUCCAAAGAGGAGUGAUGGGCCACUGGCCCUCGGCCUGCCUGCCACACUGCUCCUUGCCACCCAUUCCUGAAACGCCUGUUGGUGGAGGCUGCUCGGUCCAGCCCCCUCUGCUGUGGCUCCCAGGCUGGUGAGGCCUAGCUUGACUUGUUGCUGGUGGGUGGGGUGGACACCUCCCUCAAACCCUGCCCUUCUUAGACCUGAGGGAUCCUUAGAGAUCUUCAAUUCCUUGUCCCCAUACUACCCAUGGGGAAACUGAGUCCAGAGAGGGGAUGUGACUUGCCCAAGGCCACAGAGCAGUUCAGGGUUGAGGUGGGAUUGGAACCUGGUGCUCCCUCUGUCUUCCUCAGGAACCAACAGGAUUGUCCUUGGAGGCACUGUGGACAGACUGGGGCAGCCCAGGGGACAAGGGGCCUGAGGACGGGUUAGAGAUAGCAGAGAGAGUCCUGCUGCCUCUGUUUGCUCAGUGGGCUAUUGUGGGGGGAGAGAGUGGAGGUAGAUGUGGGGCUGAGCUAGAAAUGAAAGGUACAAGGGUAGGGAGGCAGGUUUCAAUCAGAAGGUGGGAGGUAUUUGACCUUUGGAGCUAGCCAAUCAUGAAAGGGAGUGAGCUCACCGGCUCUGGAGGCAAUCAAGCAGAAAUAGAAGAUCCAAAUGAUUGGGAGGCCCUGGCCUCAGGAAGGAACCCCAGGUCCUCCUUCACCCAGUUUGUCCUGUGUCAUUUCAACGCCUGGCCCCUGCUCUUCUCCCCAAGUUGGCACCUUUAACUCACGAGUACGGAAAGGAGUGCCUAGACUGGGGUGAGGAGGGAGGACUGGGGUGUCUAUUGCCACACACCAGGACUGGCUGUGUGCUCUCGGGCAGCCCCUGCUUCCUUCUCUGGGCUGCAGUGUCUGCCUCCAUUUGUGGCCAUGGCCUCUGCAACUGCUCCACUCCUGUCCAGACCCUGUGGCCUGGCAUCACGUGGUGAGCUCAGCCCAUGGCAUCAGGAGACCGUGUUUUGGCCCUUGGGCUAUGUGGUGGCUUCUCCCUGGACCUCAGUGUGUCCUUCUUAAAUGGGGCAGCCAACAGUUUGUAGGCAUCUUGCCAAGGGCUCCUGUGUGUGUGUGUGUGUGUGUGUGUGUGUGUGUGCACGUGUAUGUUCCUCCAUGUGUGUUCAUAUUUAACAUGUAAAAACGCCCUCUGCUCUGUCCCCCAGACCUGUUGUACAUUUCACCCACAGCCCCCCAUCACAGCAAUAACGUUCCUGCUGCCAGGGGUUCUCGAGCCAGCCAGGCCCUGCCAGUGGGGAGGGAGGCCAAGUGGUACCUGCCUGUGAAAUUUCAACUCUUCCUUUCAUACAUGUUUAUUACCCAAGUCUUCUCCUGUCCCGUCUCCGUCCCAGUCGAAUCUGGACUCACUUACCCCAGCGCGCUCCCAAAUCCCCUUCUGACUGCCCAGUGUCCUUUGUAUAAGGUGUCCUAAUACUGUCUUUUUUUUUUUUUUUUAAAACAAACAGUGUUUUGUAGAUUUCAGAUGACUAUGCAGAGGCCUAGGGGACCCCCGGCUCUGGGCAGGGCCUGGGGUUCCUGCGUUCCACGGCCGAGGCCUGUAGGGGGAGGGGGGAUUUGGAAUUGGUUGUAAAUACUUUGCAUAUUGUCUGAUUAAACACAAACAGACCUCAGA